CGCCCUUACCGGCUUAGUAACUCCUCUCAAUCUUCUCCUCUCCUCUUUGAGUUGAAGUUACAUCCGCUUUUAUAUUUUCACGAUGGCUUUUCAAAUUACAAGGAAUACAGCAUCUGACAUCGUGUACGACCAAAUCCAUUCCAUUAUUUUUCCUCAUUCGGAAUUCAUGGAUCCAUCUGCGUGCAGACUUUUACGUGUUUGUUGACACUAUCUUAGCACAUGGAUUCAAACAAUAUCCUGAUUACUAUAUCUGAUAAAAAUGGCACGGGAUGAGCUAAUUAUCAAUUACUGUAUCUUUCCCGUUCCUCGGGAAUUGCAAUUAAAACGGAACAUUUCUUGAUAGUUCAAACAGCUAUCAGUCUCUCCAUUUGCUUUUUCAUGGUGAUCGAGCCAAUCCAUAUGAAAUCCCCCCCUCAUCUCCGGUCUCAUUUCGUCAUGGCUCUUGUUCAUUACUUGUACUUGCUUUUGACAUUGGCCCUUGGAGUCUCUUGUCUACCAGUCGCAUCAACGGAAACCUACGAUAACGGCCACCAACUUAUUUGCAAGCCUAUCCCCAAUGUUCUCACUUCACAGCAAGACUUUGCAGUCAAAGUAGCGGCCUCUGAUGGUUUAUGCAAGAAAGAUGAGUAUCAAACACUUCAAUUGCGGUCGAGUGAUUCGCUUGGUAAACGUCAGUCAGAUGAUCCAUACGCGUGCGGUGACGGUGAUCCUUGUGGAAAUCAUGCCUGCUGUGGAAAGAACGGCGUGUGUGGUUAUGGUCCAAAGUACUGUGGUACAAAUGGACAAUCACCUAAUGAAAUUUGUUGGAGUAAUUGUGAUGCCCACGCCGAAUGUGGUAGAUAUUCCAAGGUGCCAGGAACAAAAUGUCCCCUCAAUGUCUGCUGUAGUCAAUUCGGCUUCUGUGGGACCACUGAAGAAUUCUGUAAAGUCACAGAUGACGAUGAAACCAGCUGCCAGAGUAAUUGUGCUCAACCUGACUCUGGAUCUUCUGGAGGAAAUGUACAGAAGAGAGUCAUUGGCUACUAUGAGGCUUGGAAUUACAAGAAAAAGUGUAUUGGAAUGGGCAUCCAGAAUAUUCCAGUGGGUAGCCUCACCCACUUGUAUUACUCUUUUGGCUACAUCACUCCUGAUGAUUUUGAUAUCAUUCCCAUGGACGAUGGUAAUCCUCCACCUGAGUCCACACUAGCUGAAUUUGCUGGCAUGAAAAGGAAGAAUCCAGGUCUGAAGGUACUUAUCGCUUUAGGUGGUUGGACUUUCAAUGACAAUGGUACUAUCUGGCAACCGGUUUUUAGCAAUGUUGUUUCAACAAAGGCCAACCGGGCCAAAUUUAUUUCGAAUGUCAAAUCAUUCCUGAUGCGAUAUGGUUUUGAUGGCGUGGACCUCGAUUGGGAGUACCCAGGCGCAGGUGACCGAGGUGGAAAGCCGGAAGAUGGUAUUAAUUUCACCAAACUUUUAAAGGAAAUGCGGACUGCGUUUGAUGAAAUGAGUGGCAGGUAUAAGGAAAUCUCCUUCACCGCUCCGACGAGUUACUGGGUAAGUCUUCUUUACGCAGCUUUUGAGUACACGAUGGAGUCUCACGAUCAUCAUUUAGUAUCUUCGUCACUUUGACAUUAAAGCCAGUGCUGAAGCAGCCGACUUUGUCAACAUCAUGGCAUAUGACCUCCACGGAAUAUGGGAUGCUAAUAAUCCAAUCGGCUCAACCGUGCUGGCUCAUAGUAACAUUACUGAAAUCAACCUGGCCCUCAAUUUAUUCUGGAGAAAUGACGUUCCGGCACCCAAGCUAAACAUGGGGAUAGGUUUCUACGGUCGUUCCUUUCAGUUGGCUGAUCCUUCUUGUUCCAAACCCGGAUGUAUAUUCAAGGGCGGUGCAUCUCCGGGUCCCUGCACUGCAAACUCUGGCACUCUUUCGUACGCUGAAAUUGUCGCUAUUAUUGACAAGAACAAUCUCAGUCCCUAUCACGAUAAGGAGGCCGCAGUCAAGUGGAUCACAUGGGGUGGUGAUCAAUGGGUUUCAUAUGACGACUUUGACACGAUUCAACAGAAGAUUGAGUUUGCCAACUCGCUAGGUUUGGGUGGGCUUCUCAUCUGGGCAGUCGAUUUAGACACCAAAGAGCUAGAAGCUCUUUCAGCUGUUGUGUAUCCCGAGAGCCUAGGGGUGCGUGCGGAGGAAUCUACGGCCGCGAAUAAUUGGGCAGACGUAGAUGGCGGAGCAUGUCGUGUUACUGAAUGUGGUUCUCCCCAUUGCAGUCCUGGUGAGAUUUUAAUCGACACCCAACAAUGCUCGGCUUAUGAUCUUUGGACUGAUAGCUAUUCUACUGCCGCAACCUGUUGUCCGUUGUCGUCGGCGCCGGAUCCAAAUGAAUGGUAAGUACUUGGAAUGUACUUGGAAUGGAAUUUACUAUGCAUGGUAAACUACCGAGAUUUUGAAGUUAAAAUUAUUCGAUGGAUGAAAUAGGAUCAAUUUAGUUUGAGGGAUUGAUCUCACUUGAGUGGUUACGUGGUUCAAAUCAUUUGAAUGAUUCAAGUGAUUCAACUUAUUUGAGAGAUCCACAAAUCCCUUAAAUAUCAAAAUAUAGAGCUUUAUCUGGAAAGUCUCCUGGUAAACUGCUCUAGUCUGUUUUACUCCACAUAUAUGUAUAAUAAAUGCUGACUUAUGAUUUCCAGCACUUGGCGAGGAUUUGGAAACUUGGGAUUCUGCAAUGGCUAUUGUGAGGCCGGUGAGGUGGCCCUGCAGUCUUCCGUCUACGGCGACGAUGUGACAGUCUGGUGUUUGGAUGGAAGAGCUUUUCUGUGUUGUAAAGCUGAAGCAGCCGUUCCCGACUGUCGCUGGUCUGGAUGCGGCAAGAGCUGCAACUCAGACGAAGAUGACCUGACAUGGCGUGAUAGUGAUUGCGAUGAUGAUGAUAAGGACAGAUUCUGCUGUCAAAAAGAACAGCACUGGACUAAUUGCGGCUGGCACGGAAAGCCUGGAAGUUGUUUCGAUAACCACUGCGAUACUGGCUGGCAAGUAGCAAUGACCACUUCAUAUCAAGGCGAAGGCGAAGAUUGUGGUUUUUGGCACCAGGAUCGAGAUCGCAGUUUCUGCUGUGACCCUCCCAAGGAUCAAUCACCAUUUUUACCCGUCCCCCUCGAUUAUCUAUUUCCGGAUCCCCCAGACGAAAAAGAUGCAAAUACCAAGUUUGAUCUUGAAGUUGAUCCAACAUAUGGUGGUAGUAUUGAUGUUCCUUUUCAAGAAAGUCCAGCCAAUGCCCCUUUUGGCUUUGUUGUCAUGACAAGUCCUGAUGAGAUUCAAGUAUCUCUGGAUCGUCGUGAUGGAUCUCAUUGGGAGGUGUUUGACUGUUUUGAUGCGUCAACUGAGGGGGAACAUACAGUACGCAUUACAUGCACUGAUGAUACUGAGAAUUCCAACUGUGGUAAAAUCCACUUGGGUCAUGGUGCGCCUGGUACUAUUAUUCAAAUGCCUGAUGGAUGCGGACCUGGAAAGUAUGCCGUGGCAAAGUCCUUGAUCCCGAGUAGAAACAAAACUCUACCACAUCAUCUGCUGAUCCGUGAUCUUCCUGAGACUUCAACUGUCUUUGAUCUCACAUUUGACUACAACUUUAGCAGAGUCCCAAGGGACAUGGGGAACACGCAGAUGCGCAUAGACUUUAGCAAUGAGCCAGAAUAUUGGGACAGGGUCGUCGAUGAACCUGCCAGACGUAAAAAGGCCCGACGAAGAAAUCUUUCCGAUGUGUCUGGAAGCCACAAACGAUGGCUGGAGGAAGAGUGGCGAGAGGAUGCGCACUCUGGACAUUUGACUCCUGAAGAGCUACACAGACGGUGGUUUGGAGAGUAAGUACAUCUAAUCAAACGCAAUUACAGAAGUGUUUUGCUAAGGCACCAAAGUGACGUUAUAGAAUGGCUGACUGGACUUAUCAAUGGAGUCGCAGGGGGUCUUGAUAUCAGCCAUUCGUACAGUGAGACAUUUAUUCUCAAGAUUAUCGACCAACGUUUAACUUGUCCCAAUGUUGAGGCCAAGCUACAAGUCAAAGCAGAGACUACCGUCAACGUGGAUGUGAACUACGGAUUCACCCUCAUCACCACCAUAGGUGGUGAUAAUGGUUUAAUAGAUUUGAGCAAAUCCUAUCUCUAUUUUCGCAACAGGGGAGAUAUUGCAGCUAAGUUUGUCAUGGAGGCAGCUGUCACUGCUCAUUUUGACACGAAUGACAUACUUAUGUUUUCUGCUGAUAAAUUUGGAGCUGCAUUUGCGGUACCGGGUGUCGUUACUAUAGGCCCUAACUUUAAGCUCUUCGGCAGGCUCGAAGGCGAGGCGACUAUUGGUAAGUCUUAAUCUUUGUCUCGCGCUUAUUCAAUUGUAGAAUUGGCAGGGUAUUUGAGAUUCAAUGUUCUGUGUGACUUUGAGCUGCGAUUCGAGACCUCAAUACUAAUAUUUCCAAUUCAGGCGUCAAUUUUCAAGGUACGGCUAAACUUGCCAAAUGGGACACGCGGCAGACGUAUCCCGCUGCCAAUGACGAGUGGGAUCCCGAAAGCACCAAGCCGGAUAAGGACGGUACACAGAUUUUGGAAAAGCCCGAAUUCGAGUGGGGAUUCACGCUUAACGGGCACGUUACUGCACAUGUCAAACCUACGAUAACCUUUGGCAUCGACUUCAAUCAGGAUUUUCUUCCAGUCGAAAGCUGCGCUGUCAACUUAGUCGCAGAUGGCUAUGUUACUUUCCACGCAGAAUACCAGCCUCCGAGCUCCUUUUGCUACGGGGUUGAUGCAGGCGCAGAUUUAUUAGCUACUAUUGACGCUCCCAAAGCUUUCCAAUGGGCCCUUCCUAAGUCUCCAUUCCCCAUCAUUCCCGUUGACAAGGUGCAGAUAUAUCCGACAGACGGCAAACUUGCUUGUUGGAAUCCAGGAACUAACAAACCUCGUCCAAGAUCAUCAUCUGAUGUAUUCCAUUCAUUGGAAAAACGAGCGCAGGUAUACGGUCCCCUGGUACCGCGAGUGGACGGCCUGUUAUGUCCAGGAAACGUAAACGUUGAGGACAUUCCAGAUUGUCCACUCUGUGGUGUCAGUGAUGGAAAGCUAGGAAAACGUGAAGACGAAUCCUGCCCAUUUGAGCCCAGCUCUGAGCAAGCUUGCCCUAUUGACAGCUCUUCUGUAGUACGCAGAUCUGAGCUUUGGUACUCGCUGGGCUCGGCGAAUAAUACACUCAUAGAGGCUCGAGAACAGACAGGUCAUCUUUGGGAGAAACGAGCUGAGAAGACCGUGACGUGGUAUUACAAUGGUGAGAACCACGAUCUCCCGUGUGGUAACUACGAGCACUGUGGUACUGCUAAGAGUCAGUCGGGAAUUUUGAAGUGGUACGGACCUGAGGGUCUUAAUAAUGCCAGAGGUUGUGGCAGUAAGCAAUCAGUUCACUAAACCUUUUAUUUAUGAUAAUUAGUUCUGUUCCCGAUCUUGAACUUUAUUUCCUGUUUCGAUCUGUGUUUUCCUAAUACAACUUUCUGUUUCUCAGUUUUCUUAAUUUCCUAUAAGAUCUUUCCUCGUGUUGGCGUUCACUAACCCACCGAUCUCGUAGUCACUAUUACCAAGUUGAAAGCCCCCGACACCGACACUAGUCAAUAUGUCACCGAGCAUAUCUACGAGGUCCAACUAUUAAAGCGCUUUAUGCAGUUUUUAAUUGAUGGACCCCUGCCAACUGGAUACUCACCCGCCACAAAUGAGUGGGUAUCAGAAGUUUUAAUCGGCUUCCCUUCCGCCACUGGUGGGAGUCGAGCGCACGUAGCUCCUGAAUGGGGCCAAGGUAGUCUGUUCUUCGAAAUGACGAUGGGUUUGGGUGGGAAUCAUAACAAAGCCGGUCUAGUGCUCGCGUACAAGGUUAUGAACAAUAGGAAAGAGACUUUCUUUGAAGGAGGCACUAUUGAUUCGAGACCAAAAGCGAGUAAUCUUGCUUCUCGAAGAGAGCAUCGUGAUGUAAGUAGUCUACUAACAUAUCUUCUGUGGAAAGAACGUCACCAACAUAUUUAUAGGUAGCCGGAGUCUUUUCAUACAUGCGACACGCUGAUAUUUGGCCGAAGUUUGUGGACUCAUCUCAGUACAUGGAAAGAGCCUGUCGCCAAUUUGAUCAGAGUUAUACUUGGGGAAGCUCUAAUGGAGAAAUUGACCGACCGAACCGUGCGAAUGGGCAACCGGAAGCUGGCUUACGUGAUCUCUACGUUUACUGGAUUGAUAAUGUUUUGAACGAUAUUGAGGCUCGAGCGGAUGUCUGGUAUCAAGCUACUGUUUCCUCUUAUAAGGCGUCGUAUGGUAGCGACAAUGAUGGCGUAGCCUGGUUGAAGAAUGUGCUUAAUCCACAAGGUGAAAUUUCUACAACUUCUUUGAAGUUUUUGCAUAGUCUUAUUGGACAUGGACCAGGUCCGUUUUGGACACAGAGCAAGUAUGAGGAUUUGUGGUUGACAGGACAAGGCUUUGGUCCUGCUGGGCCGUUCUAAUAUAUUUAUGUGUGGAAGAAAAGUUACUACGAAUUUUCAAUGGUUAGUUUUGUAAUGUUGAUUGUGAAGGA